GUGACCACGGCUGACCAGCGCGGGGCGUGGGUCCCAGAUGUUGCCCCGCCCCGCUGCUGAACACGGAACUGCUGUCUGCGGCUCCAUCUCUGCAGACGGACCGUCCAACGCAGAAGACACAGCGACACGUUUGGACUGACUGGCGUCCAAGUUGCCAUUAAUGAUGUUCCGCUUGCGGGUGUUGUCCGCAGUUUCAGUGGGGCUAACGCAGUUGUCCCGACGUUACCACAGUGGGGCAGUGCGAAGGCCUGCCCAGAGGAGGCUGAUGCUGGCAGCCCUGGCUGGGGUCACUGGUGUGUCUGCUAGCGCUGGGCUGCUUUGGAAAAGAGCUUAUGCAGAUGCUGGGUCUUCCGUUCGACACUCUGAGCAACCAGGAGGAGAGGAAGCUGAUUUUAUGAGGGAUACGGACUCAGAGACGGAGUCUGAGAAAUCGGUUGAGGCCAGCAGCGGAGAUAAGGAAGUGAAGGAUGAAGGGGCAGAGGGGAAAAAAAAGAAGCCACGCUCUGGAUUCCGUGACCGCAAGGUGAUGGAGUAUGAGAACAGGAUAAGGGCUUACUCGACUCCGGACAAGAUUUUCCGCUAUUUUGCCACCCUGAAGGUCAUUGGGGAGCAUGGAGAUGCUGAGGUUUACAUGACGCCGCAGGACUUCAUACGCUCCAUAACUCCAAAUGAAAAGCAGCCUGAGAGUCUAGGCCUUGAUCAGUUCAUUGUGAAGCGCUAUGAUGGAAAGGACUUCUGGCAGACGGAGGUAACUCCACACGGGCUCUACGAAGCCCAACCUCCCGCAGCCCCCCUCCCUCUUCAGAAAAUAGCCCAGGAGAGGGAGAAGUUUGCAGAUGAGGACAGCAUAUUUUACUCUCUGGGAGAAUGUGGCCUUAUCUCCUUCUCAGACUACAUCUUUCUCACCACUGUGCUGUCCACUCCCCAGAGAAACUUUGAAAUUGCUUUCAAGAUGUUUGAUCUCAACGGUGACGGAGAGGUGGACUUGGAGGAGUUUGAACAGGUCCAGAGCAUCAUUCGUUCUCAGACCAGCAUGGGCAUGCGACAUCGUGACCGCUCCACCACAGGAAAUACCCUGAAGACAGCCGGCUGCAGCUCUGCUCUCACCACAUACUUCUUUGGAGAAGACCUGAAGGGAAAACUCACCAUCGGCAGCUUCCUGGAGUUUCAGAGGAAACUGCAGCACGAUGUGCUCAAACUAGAGUUUGAGAGGAAUGAUCCGAUGGAUGGCAGAAUCACAGAGAGACAGUUUGGAGGUAUGUUGCUGGCCUACAGUGGCGUCCAAUCUCGUAAACUCAAGCUGAUGCAGAAGGGAUUGAAGAAGAUGUUUAAGGAUGCGCAGGGCAUCACAUUUGAGGAGGUGGAGAAUUUCUUUACUUUCUUAAAGAACGUGAAUGACGUGGACACAGCUCUGAGUUUCUACCACAUGGCCGGAGCCUCCAUAGAUAAAGUUACCAUGAAGCAGGUGGCCCGCACUGUGGCCAAGGUGGAGCUUUCAGAUCAUGUGUGCGACGUGGUGUUCGCUCUGUUCGACUGUGAUGGGAACGGAGAGCUCAGUAAUAAGGAGUUCAUAGCCAUUAUGAAGCAGCGGCUGAUGCGUGGGCUGGAGAAACCCAAGGACAUGGGCUUCACUCGGCUGGUGCGGGCCAUGUGGAAGUGUGCCCAGGACACUGCCUGGGACUUUGCCACACCCAAGACAUAGGAAGCAGCGGCUGAGCGAAAAGAGAAGGACACUGUGUGAAUAAAGCAACAACCCAUAAAGCAUCAAACGCAUUCUCCUUCUACAGGUCUUGAGAA